CCAUUACCAUCCAAUGUAAAAAAGACAAAGCAGAAACAAGCGGCUGCCGUAGCCGCCAAGUUGAGACCGCAUGGCUCCGUAGUCUUUAUAGACUGUUCGAUCACUGCAGCUAAGAUCAGGCAAAGAUCACUAGACCAGUUCCUGCACGAGCCCAAUCAAGCUCGAGGCUAAUGGAGACCCCACCUCCCCCUCCUCCUCCUCCGCAGCAGCACUUCCUGUUCGUGACCAGCCCGAUGCAGGGCCACAUCAACCCGGCGCGCCGCCUGGCCGCCCGCGUCAUGGCGGCCAAUCCGGACGCGCGCGUCACCUUCUCCACCGCCGUCUCCGGGCACCGCCGCAUGUUCCCCUCCCUGGCGCGCCCCGACGACGAGGCCGUGGACGCCGCGGGCGUGCUGCACGUCCCCUUCUCCGACGGCUUCGACGACGGGUUCAGCUCCGCGACGCACGGGGCGGGCACCUACAGGGCUCGCGCCAGCGCGGCCGGGUGCGAGACGCUGUCCGCCGUCGUGUCGCGCCUCGCCGCGCGGGGGUGGCCCGUGACGCGCGUGGUGUACACGUUCCUCGUGCCGUGGGUGCCCGACAUCGCGCGCGCGCACGGCGUCCCCGCGGCGCUCUUCUGGAUCCAGCCGGCCGCCGUGUUCGCCGUCUACUACCACUACUUCCACGGCCACGACGCGGCCCUCGCCGCGUGCGCGAACGGCGCGGACCCCGGCGCCGCCGCCUGCCUGCCGGGGCUGCCGCCGCUCAAGCCCGACGCGCUCCCGUCGGCCGUGUCCAUCACCUCGCCGGAGCACAGGCACUACCUGUUGCUCGACCUGUUGCGCGAUCUCUUCCUGUCCCUCGACGAGCACAAGCCCAUGGUGCUCGUCAACACGUUCGACGCCCUGGAGCCCGACGCGCUCCGGGCGAUGCCUCAGUUCGAGGUCGCCGCCGUCGGUCCCGUGCUCCCUGACGAUGCGUCCUUCCCGUCAAGCGCGGACCUGUUGCAUCGCCAGGACGCGAAGGUCCCGUGCAUGGAGUGGCUGGACACGAAGCCGGCGCGGUCCGUGGUGUACGUGUCGUUCGGUAGCGUCCUCUCGAUGAGCAAGCGGCAGGAGGAGGAGAUGCGGCGGGGCCUGGAGGCCACCGGCCGGCCGUACCUGUGGGUGGCGCGCACGGCCGCCGACGGUGGCGCGAGCCCGGACCCGGACCCAGACAGCAGCAGCGCCGGCGCCGGCGGCUUGCGGGGGCUGGUGGUGGAGUGGUGCGACCAGGUGCGCGUGCUGUCGCACCCGGCGGUGGGCUGCUUCGUGACGCACUGCGGGUGGAACUCGGCGCUGGAGAGCGUGACCCGCGGCGUGCCGAUGGUGGCCGUGCCGCAGUGGACGGACCAGCCCACGGUGGCGUGGCUGGUGGAGGCGCGCAUGGGCGCCGGGGCGCGCGCGCGCGUGGACGGCGAGGGCUUGGUCGAGCGAGGCGAGCUGCGGUGGUGCGUGGAGGCGGUCAUGGGCGGCGGCGAGGCCAUCCGGGCGCGGUGUGAUCGGUGGAGGGAGCUGGCGCGCGAGGCCGUGGCCACCGGCGGGACAUCGGAGAGGAAUCUGCGUGCGUUCGCGUCGGCUGCGGCUGUGGUGAUGAGCCCGCCGGCGACGUCGCGGCAUCGUGAUUGCUGUGACAAUUGUGCAUCUCAGCAUGUCAUCUGAUGUGCGAUGACACUUCCAUUGUUGGUGAAGAAGGGAUUAACUUUUGAAUUUAAAUGUGUGGGUGGUCCAUCAAUCUGUGUUUCCUGAAAUUCAGAAAAGCAUUUUGUCAGU